AAACCCCAGGCUACAGGAUCACGCCUCAGUCCAGUUCACAACACCUCCGGACGCCGAUCUAUCCAAAUCCACGUCGCCUUUGCCCCCACACCGACAGACAGAAUGGUUUACGAAUCCGAUUUUUACACGACCCGAAGGUCGUAUCGCACCUCACCAUCCCUUACGUCGUACACCGUUUCGAGCGUGCCCUCUCGUCAAGUUAGAGUUCUACCGGGUUUAGGAAAGGUACACGUGUCGUACAGCUAUGACCGCGUGGUGCCGUACGUGGGGCACAAGAGGCUGACCGUGGUCACGAUGCCGCCGAGAGUGUUCUCCACGCGUCCGUCCGUCUUACAGAGAGAAUACGACCGGAUCGAGAACAAACUAAGGCCUUGGACCGGGUAUUCCGCGACCAACCGCUACCUCAACUCCGACUCCUCUGUGCGCUCCUACUAUAUCUCCUACCCCAUAACCGGGUAUAACUACUAUUACUCCCUUAAUCUACCCAGUUCUUCGUACCUCCCCAAGGUGUACCGUUGGUACUACAGCUGGCCCAGGUUGUAUUCUUCCUGGCCCUCCUACCGUUGGUACCUCAGCUCCUACCUCAGGAAUUAUUACCUGAAUAGUUACUCGCCCAGCUGGUACUACUGGUCAAGUUACUGGCCCUACUACCGUUCUGUGGACUACGAUUUUAGCGAGCUCGAAAACAAGAUCGAUAACCUGCGCAGAACAGUUUAUUUGGAUUACCCAUAUCCCAUUAAGGCAGUUGAUUAUCCAUACUAUCCGUAUUCGUAUAGAACUUACAGGCCUCUUUCUCUAUAUUACGAUUACUACUGGCCCUUGAGUAGCUUGAACCGCUACUACUGGCCUUACUAUCCCUACUACAGAUACCUGUAUUAUAAAUACACCCUUCCCUCCGAUAGAUAUUACUAUUUGAAAGGCAUAUUCAAUAACGAGACAAGCCUUAUUCGCGCGCAAACGGCGUCUCUCCUGAGACGGAUUCACGAUCCCGUGCCCCGCGUUCCGAGGUUCAGCUGGCCCCUUUCAGUGACAUCGAAGUACUACGACGACGGUCUACCAGCUAGACUCAGCAACGACAACUACAUUCACAAGUUGCUGAUCACGUCGUCCACCAAUCCUAAGGUAUCUUACACCACGUACUACACCGAACCCAUCAGAAAGUACAUCGGCCAAGGCCGUCUAGCGUCUGUCUCGUAUGCAGGAGAUAGGGCCUACAGCCGCCGGCCGCACAUCUACCUCUACGACGACCCUCUGAAGAGCGACAUCCAACUGCUCAGCUACUACAUCAACAAGUUCAAGCAAGACAAAGCUAUCGCAGCAUCUGAGUCAUCGGUUCCGGCUAAAGCUGAGAAAGAGGAAGAGAAGCCCGAAAUCACUGAAAUUACCGAAUAACCUUGCCAACUCCCACAUUACAUUCUUUACCCCAAUUAUCUACACGCAAAAAUUUAUUUUGAGACUUAUUAUGUGCACAUAUUGUAUUUUUUGAUAUAUUUUACGUUCUGGAAAGCUAUAUUAUAUAUACCAUGUUGUUAUUUUAUUUUUGUUUAAUUAAUAUAAUAUAUCCUUACACAGUAAUCAAGUUUUGUCAAAAUACUUAACGAAAAUCUAAAAAAAAAAUGUGCAUAAUCCUGAGAAAAUUGUAAAAUUUUAUUGUGUACCUUGUGUUUACGACACCCUGUAAUGCAUGGUAUUGCAUAUAGCACUGUGUUCAAUAAAAUUUUAUUUUGUUAGA